AUGGAAGGCGAAAAGGGGAUGAAGAAGUUCCUCUUCAACCUGGAGAGGAAGGACUGGACCCUGGAAAAGGACUACGGCGAGGAAGGAAUCAUCGCCACGCUGGAUUUCGAGUGCGACUGGGUGCAACGAGACCUUCGAGACCACACAUUCGAAGCCACAGCUAAGUGGUACCCAGAAGUCAAGGAAUUCACGAUCGUUAAGCGACUGACGGACGCGUGCUGGGUGGUGUACAUCGUGACGAAGCCGAAACUCGGGGGCCUUGUUGCCAGUCGGGACAUGGUCAAUCUCUACUACACGCGCGAGAUGGGGAACGCGUACUACGUUUCCUCGAUGAGCACUACGUGGCCGGGACUGGAACCGAGGAAGGAGAUGGUCAGGGCGGAGAUGCAGGAAGGAGGCGGAAUAUCUUUCUCUCCCGAUCCGAAACGGAACGGGAGGACGCUGGUGCGCUGGGUCAGGUCCCAGGACUUCAAGGUCCCGCUCGUCCCAUCGGCUCUCCUUCAGAGGCUCUACGUCGAGGCGUGCCGGAGGUACAUCGCGGGCAUGCGGAAGUACCUGUCGGCCAGACACCGUCUUCGCCUCGAGAUCGUGCAGGAGUGA